UACAUAUUCAUGGUUCUGGGAUUAUGCAGAUGUCAGAGUGAUUUAGACUGAAGUAUAUUAUACUGAGAGCAGUGUGUUCAAGAGAAAAAAAUCAAUAACGUGAACAAGGCUGAAACCGAGUUGACGCAUUGCACUGAAGUUACUACACACAACUGAAAGCUCUGACUGCAGUCAUGGACCGUUUGGAGCUGCAAAGAGUCAGUAAUGAAUCUUAUGAUGACGUCAACAGUGUUGAUAGCAUUGAUAACUGUUACACUGAGCCAAUUGAUUCUGAAAAAGCUACGAUUAGCAGUCAGUAUGCUGAUGAAGAUGAUGCAGAAAGUCAAAAAUUUCUUACCAAUGGGUUUCCUCCAAAAAAGAAGUACGAAGAAUUUAAGGGUGAAUAUCAUCCAGGAACUACCUCAUUUGGAAUGUCAGUAUUUAACCUCAGUAAUGCUAUUAUGGGAAGUGGCAUCCUUGGACUAUCGUAUGCCAUGGCCAACACUGGAAUUGUACUCUUUGUGGUAAUGCUUAUUGCUGUAUCCAUACUGUCACUAUAUUCUGUGCAUCUUCUUCUGAAGACUGCUAAAGAAGGAGGGUCACUAAUUUAUGAAAAACUGGGUGAAAGGGCGUUUGGAUGGCCUGGAAAACUUGCAGCAUUUGGUGCCAUUACACUACAAAAUAUUGGAGCAAUGUCAAGCUACCUCUUUAUAGUAAAAUAUGAACUUCCAGAAGUAAUUCGCUCAUUCAUGGGGCUGCAGGAAAAUUCUGGAGAAUGGUACCUAAAUGGAAAUUACCUUAUUGUAAUUGUGUCGAUUGCCAUCAUUUUACCACUAUCACUGCUAAAAAAUUUAGGUUACCUUGGAUACACUAGUGGGUUCUCCCUCACCUGCAUGGUGUUUUUUCUUGGAGUGGUGAUCUACAAAAGGUCAGAAAUUCCAUGCCCUUUGCCUUAUUUACAACAUGCUGUAGCAAAUGGAACAUUAAAUGAUACACAUCCCAUGUACCAAGUUGCCCUGCAGAAUGGCUCAGUGGAUUCUGGGUUGAACUUUAUGAUGGAUUAUAUACACAGUCAUACUAAUACUCAUGAAGACAAACUUCCAGGCAACUCCCUUCACGUCAGCGGUGUAGAAUAUGAAGUGCACAGUGGCAGCGGCGAUGAGUGCCGACCAAAAUACUUUGUGUUCAACUCACAGACUUCCUACACAAUUCCUAUCCUGGCGUUUGCAUUUGUCUGUCAUCCUGAGGUCCUGCCAAUCUACAGUGAACUUAAAGAUCGUUCAAGAAAGAAAAUGCAGAAUGUUUCCAACAUCUCCAUCCUCGCUAUGUUUCUGAUGUACCUUUUGUCAGCGAUAUUUGGUUAUCUUACCUUUUUUGAACACGUUGAGCCCGAAUUACUUCAUACCUACAUCAAGGCGCACACAACAGGAGUGCUACUCCUUCUUGUUCGCCUCGCAGUCCUCACUGCAGUUACGCUGACAGUGCCAAUUGUCUUGUUUCCUGUAAGUAGUACACUAUGCUAUAACUUUUAUUUCAUAGAGAAUGUCUGUUCUGGCAAUUAUGAAUUUACUGCCAUGAUAUGUGAGCAGAGAUUUACAGAAGAGGAAAUUGUCAGGAGAGUUCACUCCUCAUCAGACAUUAAAGAAAAUGUGGAACAGCAAGAACUAGUACACAAUAUGUCUCACAUUAGUUUGACCAGUGAUUACAUUAACCUUUUGAAUAGAGGUUUAAACUUCAUUCCUAGGAGUCAAAGCAAGUUAACGGAUCCCAUCUUGGACUUGAAGUUAUUCUGUAGGAAUGUAAUGCUUAAGCUUAUGUAUAAUAAUUCUCAAGAAGAACCUCCUCAAACUAAGGGCUUUAUCUUUAAGAACUUGAGUGAUUAUGUACCUGUACGUCACCCUUUAGUUGAAGCAUUCUUUAGACUGACUGAAGAUGAACUGUAUAAGUAUUAUAACAGUAAUUUAAGAACAAAUAGACUGAGACGGAGGGAUAAUUUGACCCCCCAGGAACGUCAGUGUCUUAGAAAGCUACAGAAUGAUCCUACUAUUAUUAUCAGACCAGCUGAUAAAGGUGACAAGGUUGUUGUCAUGGAUAUGUCCUCUUAUGUAAAGGCUAUGAACUUAAUGUUACAGGAUAGAUUCUAUGAAUCUACUUCCAUUGAUGAUGCACAUUGUGUCAUUAGAUAUAUAAUUAAAGUUCUUGACCUAGAACUGGAAAUGAAAAAAGCAGUACCCAUAAUGCUGGAAUCAUACCUGAGAGUUAAUAACAUCAACGGCUCAUUCCAGUCCAGUUUUCAAACCAGAUGCAAUACUGAGAUGGCCCUUACUAGGUCCUUUUAUGACCACCUUAUGAUGAAAGAUGAACAUCGCUAUUCUGUUUGUGCCAUAUUCGGUAUUUCUUCAAAAUUCAAUAUGGUGGACCAUUUCAUCUUAUUUGACUGUCUGGGAUAUUACUAUGGCAUCACUGGCAUAUUCCUGGAUUGGUUUACCUCAUACCCCUCUCAUCCAACUUCAUCAGUGGUUACAGAGGUUAAUUCUUCAGAUUUCUUCUCUUGA